UUAUAAUUAAAUUGCGGAAAUUUCAAAGCAUGAGCAGCACAAAGAGAAAUCUUAUGAACCAGUUCCUUGAGCCAAAAUCUUGUGAAAGUAACUGUGAUAAUUCUAAGGACCAAGCAAUGGAUGAUGACUCCGGGCCAAAUUUUGGGAAGAAUCUCCUAAGGCAAGAAAGUGAUCCUUUAGUUGAUAAUUUACUCAGUGCUAUUGAAAAGAGAGGAUCUGGGAAGAUCUUACCUCCUCAAUUGGAUAGAGGCUACUCUUUCUCAAAACCCGAUUCCGAAAUGGAUUAUUCAGAUCCUUCUCUUAAAAAUAUCUUCCAAGGGCUGCAAUGUAAGAAGAACUUAUUCGGAGAUGAUAAUGAGGAGAACAAAAAUCCUAAUUUUGAUAUUAGCAUGUCAUCUUCCCCGGAAAAAGGAUUCAAAGCCCCUAUUGACUGUCUUCUGGACGAUUUAUCAAAAAAUUCCAAAACGAUUUCGACCGAUAGCAAACCAGAGAAUUUUAAAAGGAAAUGGAACAAGGGAGAUAUUAUUUUCAAAGGAAAAUAUUCCUCUGGAGUUACUCCGAAAUACGAGCGCCCGGUUUUGAAAAUAAAAAGUAGAGGGAACAAGAGGAAAAGAACAGAUCUUGAUGAAAUGGACCAAGAACUCAGCUCUAUUGAGAAAGAGCCCAAUCCCUUCCUGAAUAUCACUCCUCAGAUGAAGAGGAAAGUGAGGAAAUGAUCCUUCCAAGCAGGGGAGCAGGAUAGCCAGCUCGAAUAUUCAAGUCCUCCCAGGGACAAGAAAGUGAUUUGUGAAACACCAACUCCGGCAAAGACACUUUGGAAGUAUCCAAAUAUGAUGGAAGAUGGGACACCGAUCAAGAGCUACGAAGACAUCCUAGCUCGAGAGAAGCUCUCUAGUGACAGAGGUGACCGAUUCCAGAACGAUUUUGAAGAGAUUAGCAUCAUUGGCAAAGGCCAUUUUGGCUCAGUGGUCAAAGCCAGGAAUAAAUGCGAUGGAAUUGAGUAUGCCAUUAAGAUCACAGAGAGGCAAAAUCCAAAGAACAAGAUGAGACUAGGAGAAGCCUUACAGGAGGCUUACGCCCUGUCGGCAUUAAGUGUCAGCUCCGAGAACCCUUACAUUGUCAGGUACAACACUGCCUGGCAUGAAAAUGAGCAACUUUAUAUCCAGAUGGAGCUUUGUGAGAAGUCCUUGUACGACCGAUUUGAAGAAGUAGGGACCAACUUCUGAGAACAGGAGAUCAGAGGAAUCCUCAAAGAUACCUGCUUCGGCCUUAAAGAACUUCAUUCAAAAGGAAUAGUACACCUCGACGUAAAAUUGGAGAAUAUUUUAUUGGGAAAUUGCGGAAAAUACAAAUUAGGUGACCUUGGAAUGUCUAGAGUUAUUGAUAAAAUCAAGGCAGAUGUCCCAGAAGGAGACUCUAGAUACUUGGCUCAUGAAUUACUAAACAAUGAUCCAAAUGCCCCAUUACCUGACCUUACAAAAUGUGAUGUCUUCGCUCUUGGAGUUUUAUCUUAUGAGUUAAUGCAAGGUGUUAGGUGUCAAAAAUAAUGGUAGAGAGUGGGAAAACUUGAGAUGAGACCAGAUAAACUUUGCAAAAGGAGACGAUUAUUCUUCAGAGAUCAAGGAAAUGGUAACCUCAAUGCUCAGCUCAGAUCCUAAAAAUAGGCCAACUAUUGAGAAUAUCUUGGAAAAGUAUCUUGAUGAAGAGAAAAAGAAGACAAUGACUCUUCAAUAUAUCUGCAAGAAGCUAUUCUUAAAAUGUAAAGAAUUCUCAGAAGUAAACGCCCGGCUUAAACAAGAGAAAGCGGCUGCGGUUUCUGAGAAGGAGGAGGUCUUAAUACAAAUAGAAGAACUUGUUAGGCAGAAUGAAGAACUCCAAAAACAAUUUUCAAAUUAACAAACAGCC